AAUGAAAUCAUCCAGUGACGACUCACCUGUUAACAAAAGCGGACAAAAACAAAAGAGUGAAAAAAACUAAGAAAGUCAAUAAAUUUCAGUGAAAAGAACAAGUGAGUGAUAAUGGUUUCCGUUCAAACGAUAGCGACCAUUGUGGUAAAAGUAUUCAAAAUUGUCUUGAACAUAGUGAUUCUAGUUCUGUAUCGAACUGGUUACAAUGGCGAGUUUCUCGGCGUUGGUGGAACCUGGAACCUCAACGAAGAGAAGAACCCUGACGCAGAGAUAGUGGCCUCUGGAGUCAUCGUGGGUUACCUGAUCUACACUCUCGUUCAAGUGGUCACAUUCCUUUUUGGAACGACUGAACAUAAAAGAGCUAUGUCGGAAAUUGUGAUGAACUUCAUCGGCGUGUUUCUGUGGAUAGCCGUGGGGGCAGUGGCGCUUCAUUACUGGGGCGGUUACCAGGGAGAGCACCAAUUCCAAUUCGUAUUUGCAGAAAAACAGGUCGGCCUGGCCGUUGGUGCUCUAUGUGUGAUUCAAGGGGCUGUGUACCUCCUCGACACAGCAUUGUCUGUUAUACACUUUACGAAAGAAAUGUAAUUAGAUAUAAUCAAGAAUAAGAUAUUUCUAAGUCUUUGUAAUAAGCUUUUAAUAGAAAAUAUUUAAUAAUUACAUUUUUAAUAUUACCUGAUUCAUAGAUUUGAAUGUCUUAAUUAUUUUUUCGAACAGUUUGUUUAAUAUUCCCACCUCGUUGUAAAUAGAGUUUUCUGUAUUUUGCAACAUGUUUUGAUGUGUUUUUUUAUGCUGUUUAUUGUAUUUUAAUUAAAUUUAGUGAAAUCGAAA